AUGUCAGAGAAAUUUCAGCUGGAGCGUCACACUCUCUCAACUGGCAGUCCUAAGGGAGAAGAUUUCUCAACUGCCAUCCUGAAACAGAAACGCAGACCUAACAGGCUUAUUGUCGACGAAGCUCUGAAUGAGGACAGCAGCAUUGUCAGCCUAUCCCAGCGUAAGACAGGAGAGCUGCAGCUCUUCCGGGGAGACACGGUGGUUUUACGAGGGCGGAAGCGCCACCAAACGGUAUGCAUCGUUCUGACUGAUGACAGCUGCGGAGACGAGCGGAUCCGUGUGAACCGCGUGACGCGCAACAACCUGCGCGUGCGGCUCGGCGAUGUCAUCAGCGUCCACGCCUGUCCUGAUGUGAAGUAUGGCAAAAGGAUCCACGUGCUUCCUAUUGACGAUACCAUUGAGGGCCUGGCGGGGAACCUGUUUGAGGUCUUUCUCAAGCCUUACUUCUUGGAGGCUUACCGGCCCUUACACAAAGGUGACAUCCUCAUGGUGCGGGGGAGUAUGCGAGCAGUCGAGUUCAAGGUGAUGGAGACUGAUCCCAGUCCUUACUGCAUCGUGGCCCCAGACACAAUCAUUCACUGUGAGGGAGAACCCAUCAAAAGAGAGGAUGAGGAGGAGAGCCUAAAUGAAAUUGGCUACGACGAUAUCGGAGGCUGUCGGAAGCAGAUGGCCCAGAUCAAGGAGAUGGUGGAGCUUCCUCUCAGACACCCCGGCCUCUUCAAGGCGAUAGGAGUUAAGCCCCCAAGGGGUAUCCUGCUGUAUGGACCCCCAGGCACAGGGAAGACCCUGGUGGCCCGCGCCGUGGCCAAUGAAACUGGGGCUUUCUUUUUUCUCAUCAAUGGUCCAGAGAUCAUGAGUAAGUUGGCAGGGCAGUCGGAGAGCAACUUGAGGAAGGCCUUCGAAGAGGGGGAGAAAAAUGCCCCCGCCAUCAUCUUCAUUGAUGAGCUGGAUGCCAUUGCUCCCAAGAGGGAGAAGACCCAUGGUGAGGUAGAGAGGCGAAUAGUCUCCCAGCUCCUGACCUUGAUGGAUGGCUUGAAGCAAAGAGCCCAUGUUGUUGUAAUGGGAGCCACCAACCGACCCAACAGUGUGGACCCUGCUCUCAGACGCUUUGGUAGGUUUGACCGUGAGAUAGACAUUGGGAUCCCAGACUCGACUGGCAGACUGGAGAUUCUGCAGAUCCACACCAAAAACAUGAAACUGGCUGAUGAUGUGGACCUGGAGCAGAUUUCCUUAGAGACACAUGGCCACGUGGGAGCUGACCUGGCAGCACUGUGCUCAGAGGCUGCACUGCAGGCAAUCCGCAAAAAGAUGACGCUCAUAGACCUCGAGGAUGACUCAAUUGAUGCCGACCUGCUCAACUCAUUGGCCGUGACUAUGGACGACUUCAAGUGGGCACUGGGUCAGAGUAACCCAUCUGCUCUGAGGGAGACUGUGGCAGAAGUCCCUCAGGUCAAUUGGGACGAUGUUGGAGGACUGAAUGAGGUCAAGCGAGAGCUCCAAGAGCUUGUACAGUACCCAGUGGACCAUCCAGACAAGUUCCUGAAAUUUGGGAUGACCCCGUCCCGGGGAGUGUUGUUCUAUGGACCCCCAGGUUGUGGGAAGACACUACUGGCCAAAGCUAUCGCCAAUGAGUGCCAAGCCAACUUUGUCUCCAUCAAAGGACCUGAGAUGCUAACAAUGUGGUUUGGAGAGUCGGAGGCCAAUGUCAGAGAUGUGUUUGAUAAGGCCAGGCAGGCGGCUCCCUGCAUCUUGUUCUUUGAUGAACUAGACUCCAUAGCUAAGUCCAGAGGAGGGGGAGCAGGGGAUGCAGGAGGGGCUGCUGACAGAGUUAUCAACCAGAUACUGACAGAAAUGGACGGCAUGACCGACAAGAAGAAUGUUUUCAUCAUUGGUGCCACAAACAGACCAGACAUUAUAGACCCGGCCAUUCUGCGCCCGGGGCGUUUGGAUCAGCUCAUCUACAUCCCCCUUCCGGACAAACCCUCACGCACCGCCAUCCUAAACGCCAACCUGCGCAAGUCCCCCGUUGCACAUGAUGUAGACUUGGAAUACCUGUCUGGCAUCACAGAGGGUUUUUCUGGGGCUGACCUCACGGAGAUCUGCCAGCGGGCCUGUAAGCUGGCUAUCCGUGAGGCCAUCGAGGCCGAGAUCAGAGCUGAGCAACAGAGACGGAGCAGACCAGGCACAGCUAUGGAUGAUGACUAUGAUCCAGUUCCAGAAAUCAGGAAGGAUCACUUUGAAGAGGCAAUGCGAUUUGCCCGCCGCUCUGUUAGUGAUAAUGACAUCCGCAAAUAUGAGAUGUUUUCUCAAACGCUGCAGCAGAGCCGAGGCUUUGGGAACUUUAGGUUCCCUUCUGGCUCCCAGUCUGGUGGUCAGCAGUCAGGCUCAGGACCGGGGGGGUCAAGCCUCUACAGAGAUGAAGGAGAGGAAGAUCUUUACCAGUGAGAAAAGUCUCAGUCAAGCUAUACAGCGUCUCUUUUCCAUCCUGUGUCUUACCUUUGUAGAAACAGGUGAUCCCUGGAAAUACUGUGCUCAAAAGGAAGAAACAAUCAAAUGUUGUUCCUAGUUUUGGUUAUACAAUAUUAAACAGUAUAAUGUCCUUUAGGAACUGUUGGAGUGAAGACCAAUAAUGGCCAUGACCUUAUCUAGACAGGAGAAUGGGUGAUUUACCUAUUCCUAAAGUCGAAUGUGCAUAGCCAUGGGAAGUAGGGGUGCUGGGGGUGUAGUGGCCCACACAAUUGAUCAGGGUUUAAAACUUACUUUUUGGUGGGUUAAAAAUAAUUUCCACAAUAAACAGCCCAAUUGAUAAGUAAGUAAAACAAUAAAUGUGAUCUUGUUAUUAUUCAGUUAUGAUCAAAUAACUGAAUUCGGGUGUGAAUAUGAUAAAACAUGUUUCAUGCAGUCAUGUUGUGUAGCACAUGUAAGAGUAGACAAUUAAUUACAAGCCUGUAACUUAAUAAGACCGCGUGUUGUGGGGUUUUUUUGGCAUUUGCCGGGUAUGUGUGAUGACUUAGGCUUUAUGAAAGUGUUAAUGAACCUCAUCGAUUAGCCUUUUACAUUUCUGACUUAAUCUGGUUUUGCAGCCACUUCCCCAAACCACUUCCCCUGCAUUCUGCCAAGAAGCAUGUUUCUGUGGCUAUGUAAUGUGAUUUUGUACAGUUUGCUGGAAAGUAUUUAGUAAAGUCUUACAAUGACCUUUGAUAGACAACUAUCAGUUGUGUGUUUGCUGUCACAUAUGUUGACAAGUUCCAAAAAUAAAUUUCUGAUAUUGAACCUUUGCUUUAGAUUAAAACUCGAUGCUAUAUUUUUGUCUGAAUAAAUAUGCU